CUUCACACAUUCUCCACUUUCAUUUCCUGCCCUUUUGAGCAGAGUAGCAAUGGCGGCGGAAGCGAGCAACAAGCAGAUAACUUUGAAGAAUUACGUGACUGGUUUCCCCAAAGAGUCGGAUUUGGAGGUGAAGAUUACCACCACUCGUCUCAAGGUCCCGGAAGCUACUCCCAACGCGAUUCUCGUCAAGAAUCUCUAUCUCUCCUGCGAUCCUUACAUGCGGAAUCGCAUGUCCAAGCUCGAAGGAAGCUACAUCGACUCCUUCAUAGUUGGCUCUCCUAUAAUAGGACUUGGUGUGGCUAAAGUUAUAGACUCCACAAAUCCAGAAUUCAAGAAAGACGACUUGUUUUGGGGAUUUACUGGAUGGGAAGAGUAUAGUCUUAUAACGGAUACGCAAUCGUUGUUUAAGAUUCAACACACAGAAGUCCCGCUUUCUUAUUAUACAGGAAUUCUUGGCAUGCCUGGUAUGACUGCUUAUGCUGGUUUUUAUGAGAUAUGUUCACCUAAGAAAGGAGAAAAAGUGUUCAUAUCGGCUGCAGCUGGGGCGGUUGGUCAGCUUGUAGGUCAAUUUGCAAAGUUGCUUGGAUGCUAUGUUGUUGGAAGUGCUGGGAGUAGAGAAAAGGUGGAUCUGUUGAAGAACAAGUUCGGGUUUGAUGAAGCUUUUAACUACAAAGAAGAGGAAGAAGACCUCAAUGCAGCUCUCAAAAGGUACUUUCCAGAAGGUAUUGACAUUUACUUUGAGAAUGUUGGGGGAAAGAUGCUUGAAGCAGUCCUCCUGAACAUGAGAUUACAUGGGCGUAUUGCAGUGUGCGGAAUGAUAUCGGAGUACAACCUUGAGAAGCCACCGGGCGUUCAGAACUUGUUCAACCUCAUCUCAAAACGAAUUCGAAUGGAAGGAUUUGCAGUUUUCGAUUACUAUCACCUCUACACAAAGUUCUUGGAAAUGAUUCUGCCCCAUAUUAAAGAAGGAAAAGUUGAUUAUGUUGAAGACAUAGCUGAAGGCCUGGAGAAUGGACCGGCAGCUUUGGUUGGCCUCUUUUCUGGCCGGAAUGUGGGGAAGCAACUGGUUGUGGUUGCUCAUGAAUAAAAUAAAUAAAGUUCUCCAGUUUGAGAAUGAUAUCCAGUGUUUGUUCUAUACAAAGACCUUAAUAAUAAUGAAUAAUAUUGAUUGUAUCUUUUAUUUA